CACUCGGGUUGGGCUGCAGCGGCGGAGAAGGCGAGGCGUCACCGACAUGCACGGAUUACCAUCGAACUGCUGCUGAAACACGAGGAAAAGGACAUUUUUACCGGCGACAGGCAACGUAUGUGUGAUUUCAUUCAUUGGUUAGCCUACUGUAUGCGGCUGCACCGCUGUCUGCCUUUUGUUUAUGAAAUUUGCGCAGCGAGGAUUCAUCGGGGGGAAAGAGCAAAAUAUGCUUACGGUAAGCAGGGCGAAUACAUUCUCCCGUCGCGUGAUGCCUUUUGACAGUUGAUUCUUGCUCAUUCUCGAGUAAAGGGAAGGGUAGUUAAUUUUGUUGUGUUUGACAUCGGGGGCAUCAACACGAAUAAUGUCCAAAAUGAAGAAUUGCGAGACGGUUAAGGUGGUGGUGCGAUGCCGCCCGCUGAACACGGAGGAGGAGGCAGCCGCCUAUGAGAAUGUGGUCCAAAUGGACGUGAAAUUGGGACAAGUGGCGCUGCGGAACCCCCGGGCCUCGCCGGCCGAGCUCCUCAAAACCUUCACGUUCGACGCGGUGUACGACGCCAGCUCCAAGCAGGGCGACCUGUACGACGAGACGGUGCGGCCGCUAAUAGACUCAGUGCUCGAGGGCUUCAACGGCACCAUCUUCGCCUACGGACAGACGGGCACGGGAAAGACGUACACCAUGCAGGGCCAGUGGCUGGACCCGGAGAAGCGCGGCAUCAUCCCCAGCUCCUUCGAGCACAUCUUCACGCACAUCUCGCGCUCCAAGAACCAGCAGUACCUGGUGCGCGCUUCCUACCUGGAGAUCUACCAGGAGGAGGUGCGCGACCUGCUCGUCAAGGACCACAGCCGCAAGCUGGAGCUGAAGGAGAACCCGGACUCGGGCGUGUACAUCCGCGACCUCUCCUCCUUCGUCACCAAGAACGUGAAGGAGAUCGAGCACCUCAUGAACGUGGGCAACCAGACGCGCUCCAUCGGCUUCACCAACAUGAACGAGCACAGCUCGCGCUCGCACGCCAUCUUCCUCAUCACGGUGGAGUGCAGCCAGAUGGGGCCCGACGGCCAGAACCACAUCCGGGUCGGCCGCCUCAACCUGGUGGACCUGGCGGGCAGCGAGCGGCAGGCCAAGACGGGCACGCGCGGCGAGCGCCUGAAGGAGGCCACCAAGAUCAACCUGUCGCUGUCCGCCCUGGGCAACGUCAUCUCGGCGCUGGUGGACGGCCGCAGCUCGCACGUGCCCUACCGCGACUCCAAGCUCACGCGCCUGCUCCAGGACUCGCUCGGCGGCAAUGCUAAGACACUGAUGGUGGCCACUCUGGGGCCCGCGGCCUACAACUACGAGGAGAGCCUCAGCACGCUGCGCUACGCCAACCGCGCCAAGAACAUCCGCAACAAGCCGCGCGUCAACGAGGACCCCAAGGACGCGCUGCUCCGCGAGUUCCAGGAGGAGAUCGCGCGGCUCAAGGCGCAGCUGGACAAGCGAGGCCUCAUCACCGCCCAGCGCAAGGAGCGCAGGAUGAUGAAGCGCAUCGCCGAGGACGACGGAGGAGGAGGAGAGCCAAAGGACAUGGACGGAGAGGAGGAGGAUGAGGAGGAGGAGGAGGAGGAAGAGGAAGAGGGGGAAGAAGGUGGUGUCCAGGAGGAGGAGGAGGAGGUGUCCGUGCUGGAGCAGCAGCGGAGGAGGCUGGAGGAGGAGAAGGCGGCCAUCAUGGACGACUGCAGCCUAUUGGCCGAGGAAAAGCAGAGGCUGCUGGAGGAGAAGGAGAGGAUGAUGGGAGAUCUGCGCAAGGAGCAGGAGGCCGCUGAGCAGCUCACCACCAAAGUCAAGGCGCUGGAGAGCAAGCUGCUGGUUGGAGGGAAGAACAUCAUGGACCACACCAACGAGCAGCAGAAGAUGCUGGAACUCAAGAGGCAGGAGAUCGCCGAACAGACGCGGCGUGAGCGCGAGAUGCAGCAGCAGAUGAUGGCGCGUGACGAGGAGACGCUGGAGCUGAGGGAGACCUACAGCUCUCUACAGCAGGAGGUGGAGAUCAAGACCAAGAAGCUGAAGAAGCUGUAUGCUAAGCUGCAGGCGGUGAAGGCUGAGAUUGCGGACGUGAAUGAUGAGCAUGUGAGGACCCGGCAGGAGCUGGAGCAGACGCAGAACGAACUCACCAGAGAACUCAAAUUCAAGUACCUUAUCAUCGAGAACUUCAUUCCUCCCGAGGAGAAGAAUAAGAUCAUGAACCGUCUGGUGUUCGACACGGAGGACGACCAGUGGAAGUUCCAGCCUCUCGUGCCCUCGGAAAAUAAGCACACUCAGAUGAAGAGGAGGCCGGCCUCCGCAGUGGGCUACAAACGACCAAUCAGCCAGUAUGCCCGCGUUGCCAUAGCGAUGGGAGCCCAUUCCAGAUACCGGGCUGAAAACAUCAUGCUACUAGAGCUGGACAUGGCCCCGCCCACCAUGUUCCAGCUGGAGUUCCCAAAGGCGGGCUCGGAGGCGGGGCAUGGCUCGGAGGCGGGGCAUAACAGCGACCUGCACCUGGACAACGGCCCCCACAGGGAGACCUCCUCCAACCCACGAGUCAGGAAGUCCCGCUCAUGGUGCCAGACUCCGCCCGCCAUGUCCUCCUCCGGCUCCACCCACUCUCUGGCCUCCUCCUCAGGGUCCCACAGCCUGCCGCAUCCUCCCAGCGCCACGGCAACCAAAGUCCACCAAUGAGGGCAGAGCAGAGGAACCUUCGUCUCUCUCCUCUUCUGUGCAUCCUUGAUAGAACCAGGAGGGGAGUAGAGUACCAUAGAUCGCAAAUGAAUGACCUUUAGGCUUUUAGACUCUCAAAAGGAACACAUCCUUGUGCUGUGUCACGGUGUCAGAUUCCCUCUGGAACCCUCAAUAGGACAUUGCCUCGCUGUCAUGAUUCUAUUUAAAAUACUCUUAUCCUCCCCCAUACACACACACACACACAGACACACACACACACAUGCACACGGA